CAAGUUUUAGUUAUUUUUGUCUAAAUUUUGUAUAAAUUUUUGGCCGUCACCUGGCAUCAUUGACUGAAAAAUUAAAAAAAAAAAGGAUGACCAUGGAACUGCUUGCGCGGCACAAUCUUCAGAAGGUUGAACAGCUCACGACCUUCGAUCUGAAAUAUUUCUUUAUCAUCUACGCCAUCGUCGUCCUGAUGAUCCUGGGUGUUCCACUGGCCUUCCUACUUCAAAGCAAGGGUUCGGCGAACGAAAGGGAUCGUUUUCAAUUGGAAGCCAAUCGAUCGCGCGUGGAUCCAGUGAGGGGAGAAACCCGGCGACGAAUCCGGGAUUCGAGUGCCUAAUAAGCUUUUGAUAUUGAUGUUGAUAUUCAUGGAAAUACAUUGAAUGCGGCGC